AGAAAAUUACAAGGCGAGAGGCAAGAGAACCCGGAGAAGAAGGCUAAGAGAGAGAGAGAGAGAGAGAAUGGCGACGACGACGGCAUCUGUGUGGGCGAAGCCAGGGGCGUGGGCGCUCGAGGCGGAGGAGAGCGAGGCGCUCGAGCAGAUGCAGCAGGAGCAGCGGCGACAGGAGGAGGCGGCGGCGGCGGUCGCAGCCGACGAGGCGGCGCUUGCCGACUUCCCUUCGCUCUCCAUGGCCGCGGCCACCAAGACCUCCCGGAAGAAGAAGGGGCAGACCUUGUCCCUCUCCGAGUUCAACACCGGCAAGGCCGUCACACAUGGCGCGGGGAGGUCGCGCGGGUCGGAAUCCGUGGGCCUCACCCCCGAUGAGCUUCUCAUGCUUCCCACCGGUCCUCGCCAGCGCUCCCCGGAGGAGCUCGAGCGCAGCAGGCUUGGUGGGGGGUUCAGAUCUUAUGGCCGGGAAGGGUUCUCCCGCGAUGGUGGCGCUGGAGGAGACCGAGGAUACGGUAACGGGGCUGGUCGCGGCGGUGGUGGUAUUGGUGGUGGUGCUGGCGGUGCGAGGGAGUUCACUCCUUCUCGUGCAGAUGAGAUCGACGACUGGGGCGCCGGGAAAAAGCCGCUGCCGGAACGCAGGGAAAGGGGUUUCUUCGAGUCGCAAUCGAAGGCUGACGAAUCGGAUAAUUGGAGCUCUAACAAGAGCAGAUCUGCGUCUUCCGGCGGUGGGUUUGGUGGCUACAGGGAGAGAGAGGGACGCUCUCGACCAGGGUUCGAGAUGUUUGGCGGAGCGGCAGGGUCCAAUUCAUGGGGGCGGAAGGCGGAAGAUAGCAACGGAGGGGCUGCCUCCGACUCGUGGGGCCGGAAGACGGAGGAUAGCAACGUUUCAAGCAUGGGCUAUGGCGGCCGGCCUCGCCUCGUCCUACAGCCGAGGACGCUGCCAUUGGAUGGGAAGUCAGAUCAACCAGCGCAGGUUUCAGGAGUACAGAGGACGAAGGGCUCGAACCCGUUUGGCGCGGCAAGGCCGAGGGAGGAGGUCCUGGCGGAGAAGGGGCAGGAUUGGAAGAAGAUCGACGAGAAGCUUGAGGCGGGGAAGAUUAAGGACGUAGAUUCGCCACCGCGGUUGGAGCGGAACGAUGGUUCUUUCGGUAGGAAAGAUUUCGGGAAUGGCAAGGUGAGUUCCCAUGACGACAGGACCGUUAGGAGUUGGAGGAAGCCUGAUUCUACCGAUAGCCCUGGAAGGGUUGGAAAGGCUGAAGAUGGGGAGAAAGCCGAAAGCAUUGGUGAGGUCGAAGGAGCUCCAAGCAACUGAGGAAAGCAACGUUCACUUCAGAUGGUAUCAAUCAUGAAGUGCAACUAAAGCUUCUGCGGGAUCUCUACAGUUGAUUCUGAUGAGAAAUUUGUUCUUUGACAUUCACAUGUUACUUUUUAUCUUGGGAUUUUUUCGUUUGUCCUCACGGGUUGCUUGGAGGACGCAAAGACCGAGUCAGUUUUGGUAGCUAGUCAUUCUACUGUUUCCGGAUACUUGUAUGAACAAAUGAAAUAUAUAUUUUUUCUUUUU